CGUAACUGGGGCCGGGAAACCACCCAUCCCCAUUUCACACUCGCCUACCAAUACCGCCGGUAACGGUUUACCGUUUACCGCCGGUAUCGGUUUGGUAAAAUGGUAAACCGAUUACCGGCUUACCGUUUGUCACCCCGAUCUCUCUGUCAUUAGUCCUAGGGGCAUAGUGGAGGACGUGCUAGUACGAGUGGGGAAAUUCUGUUAUCUAGUGGACUUUGUGAUCCUGGAUAUAAGUGAGGAUUCUGAGAUGCCACUCAUACUAGGACGCCCUUUCCUAGCCACCGCCAAGACAUUAAUUGAUGUAAACGAGAGAACUUUGAUUCUGAGAUAUGGUGAGGAGAGAAUUACUCUUGGAAUUGAUCAUAAGCCUAGGAGUGAGGAAGUGAAGGAAGUUGAACCGAGUGAUAUGAAUGCAAGUGGAGGGAAGCCUUACAAGGCGAACCCCACUAUUGCUGUUAGUUCUUGUGAUGGUGUGAAGCAGGAAAGCAAUGAGGGAAUCUCGCCCAAGGAAGGAAGGAAAAAAGUAGCUUGGAGGAAAAGGAUAAGUCGUGUUAAUGCCCGACGGAAGGAAAAGGGCAAGGCAAAAGUGAUCGGCCAAGAAGGCCAUCAGAUGGAGCUUAAGUUGGGAGGCACCAUGCGUCGCCCCAAGAACGUUGCGGAUCCACUCUCGGUGGCAUCAUGUUCCAAAACAUGAUAGAUCUGCAACCGUCAAGCUAAUGACGAUAACUUAGCGCUUGUUGGGAGGCAACCCAACGAAGGUUUGUUUCCUUUCCCUUAUUUUCGUUUUUGUGUGUCAAGUGAAGAAUUCUAGUGGUCAAGUGGUAUCCCCGUGCCACAUUUUGUGUUUGUGCAUUUUAAGGUUGUGUCAUGAUCGAUAGAAGGCACGGUGGAUUAGGUCGAGUCAAGAAAAUUUCAGAAUUGCCCUGUUUUCACUGAUGUUCGCGGACGGAUUGCCAAGUUCACGGUCUUGUGUCAAACGCGUCCGUGAACCAGGCACUUCGAUGAGUGUAACACUUGUCGACUAUCCCCAGUUCACGGACGGAUUGCAGAGUUCAUGAUCUCUAAGACCGUGAACUGGCAAACGCGUCCAUGAACUGCGAGCCUCGCCUAUAAAAGGGGCUUGAACGU